GACGCUGUUUCUCCGGCGCGCGCAGAGGGCGGAGUUUCAGGAAACGGCUCGGGUUAGCUGGGCGCGCGGCAGAUAGCGUAACGAAACUGUAAUUAAAUUGUCUCCAUUUGUUCAUUUUACAGGUACAGAUCCGCCAUGAGCGACACCGAGAAGGAGUUUGUAGUGAAAGUUAAGAUGGGAAGAAUGAAAAAGGUGGCCGAAGUCGAAUGUUGUUUAAAUGAGGCUGAAAUUUGCGAGUGCAUGCUAAUUCUGUGUGGCCAGAAGUUCUGAGAAGUUCCCCUCAUGUAGAGUGUUGUCACUAUGGAAGCAAUGAAUGGUUGAAGAUGAAGUACAGAAGUCAGAAUAAGAAACUGAAGAAAGAAGAACAGAAUGUUGGUUGAAGUUAUGAAGUUAAUCUCAGAAGUGUUCGGGUGGAUAAGAUGAAAGAGGGCUAAGAGUCCCGAUCUCGGAGUGUGAGUCCCAGAGGCUCAGUGAAGUCAACCAGCAACUCGCCGGGAAGAUCUAAGGAUGGUUCCCACCGCUCCAGGUCUAGAUCUAAAUCCCAUUCCAGGUCGAAGUCCAGGUCCCGGUCCAGGUCCCGGUCCCACAGGAGCUCUCGGCGUCGUCAUUCUCGCUCGCGAUCUCGAAGGCGUCACUCACGCAGCCGCUCAUACAGCCGCGAGUACCGACGCAGCCGCAGCCACUCGCCCAUGUCCAAUCGCAGACGUCAUGUUGGUAACCGGGCAAACCCUGACCCUAACUGUUGCCUGGGUGUGUUUGGCCUGAGCCUGUACACCACAGAGCGAGACCUGAGAGAAGUGUUCUCCAAAUACGGCCCCCUGUCCAACGUCAGCAUCGUGUACGACCAGCAGUCUCGCCGCUCACGAGGCUUCGCCUUCGUCUACUUCGAGAACAGGGAGGAUUCUAAGGAGGCGAAAGAGCAAGCUAACGGCAUGGAGCUGGAUGGCCGGCGUAUCAGGGUGGACUAUUCCAUCACCAAGAGACCACACACCCCCACACCUGGGAUUUACAUGGGCCGGCCUACCUAUGGAGGUGGUGGUGGUGGUGGCAGUGGCGGUGGUGGUGGUGGUGGAGGAGGAGGUAGUGGAGGAAGACCCAGCACAUCCUCCAGUCGCUCCAGAGACUAUUACGAUCGGGGCUAUGACCGCGGCUACGAUCGGGGGUAUGACCGCUAUGAUGAUCGGGAAUACUACAAAUCCUACAGGCGCAGAUCUCCUUCACCUUACUACGGUCGUGGAGGAUACAGAUCCCGGUCCCGCUCGCGCUCCUACUCUCCACGUAUGUACAACCUGUGUGUGUGUGUGUGUGUGUGUGUGUGUGGAAAAAAUGUAUGUAUUUAUUUAUUUAUAAGAUGACACUUUUUAAUGCCG